AUGAAGAAGAAGAAAGUCAAAGAUUCAUCCCGAUUAUCGAAGGAGAGUGAUUUGGAAUCGUCGGAUUUCAACACGGCAGUCAUGAGAAUCGCCGUCGCACAGAUGUGUCAGUCCGUCGGGUAUCAAGGCGCUCAAAUCUCAGCACUCAAAACCCUAACGGACGUUGCCGUCAGGUACCUUCGAGCACUGGCGAGGUACUCUACUACCUCCGCUAAUUCCACCGGCCGAACACAGUGUAACCUUUUCGACAUCGUCCGUGCAUUGGAAGAGCUUCAUUCCAACAUUGGAUUCCAUGGAAACUCAGAGCCUAAAAGAAGAUUAAAUAUACUCACCAAUUCAUCGAUCCUCCGCGACACGAUGAAAUUUGUCUAUAGGAGUCGCGAAAUUCCAUUUGCAAAUCCCUUGCCUCGCCGUAGUCCUACACUUCCAUCAAAUCCACCAUGUUUUUCCAAUCAGAAUACAAAAUGGAAUCACGUUCCGAGUUGGUUGCCGGAUUUCCCUAAAAUCAGUGACGCUGGGGAAAAACCGAUCUUUACUGCAUCAAAUGAGGGUGAAACCGCAUGGGAGAAGAAGAUGCGAACGACCGAAUCAAAUAAGCAAAUCAGCAAGUUACCAGAGAAAAGGAAAAAGAUAAGUUUUAAGAUUGGUGGUGGUAAGAAUGAAUUUGAGAUGGCGUAUGGGGUUGAUUUGAAGAGCGGGGUUUGUAAAGGUGGAAAGAGAAUUUCGUGCCAAAUCUAUGAUGAUGACAGGUUUUCAGAUGCUAGCAGCAGUAGCAAGAAGAAAUUAGAAGAAUCUUCUUCAAGAACAAAGAUGAAUGUGAUGUUUUCAUGUUGA